CUCGCCAGGCGCCGCGCGGAGCUGUGGGAGCCCGGCCCGUCCCGUCCCGGCCGCCGCCAUCAUGCAGAGCCAGAGCCAGAGCCUGACCCCGCACGUGCACUGGGCGCAGCGGCACAGCGAGCUCUACCUGCGGGUGGAGCUGAGCGACGUGCAGAGCCCCGAGAUCACCAUUACGGAUAACGUGCUUCAUUUCAAAGCCCAGGGUCAUGGUGCCAAGGGGGACAACGUAUAUGAAUUUCAGCUUGCAUUUCUAGAAUCGGUCAUGCCCCAACUGGUGUACAAGGUGACUCAAAGGCAGCUGAACAUCACCGUGCAGAAAAAAGAAAGCAACUGGUGGGAAAGACUCACCAAACAGGAGAGGCGCCCGUUGUUCCUAGCCCCUGAUUUUGAUCGCUGGCAAGAUGAGUCGGAUGCUGAAAUGGAACUCAAAGCAAAGGAAGAAGAAGAAAGGAUUAACAAAAUCCGAAUUGAAUCCAGAGUCCCUAAAGACCCUUUCAGACAGCUGAAGAGAGGAUAUUUGUUCAUGUAUAAUCUUGUGCAGUUUUUGGGGUUCUCCUGGAUUUUUGUGAAUAUGACAGUUCGCCUGUUUAUCUUAGGAAAAGAUUCCUUCUACGAUACAUUUCACACCAUUGCUGACAUGAUGUAUUUCUGUCAGACGCUCGCAUUUAUAGAGAUCCUGAACUCACUAGUAGGAAUCGUCCGGUCACCACUUAUACCUUCUUUGCUCCAGGUACUUGGAAGAAAUUUUGUCUUGUUUAUUGUCCUUGGAAAUGUGGAGGAAAUGCAAAGCAAAGCGGUGGUGUUUUUUGUAUUUUACUGCUGGAGUAUUAUUGAGCUAUUCAGGUAUCCAUUCUACAUGCUUUCCUGCAUUGAUAUAGAAUGGAAAUUACUAACUUGGAUCCGAUAUACCAUCUGGAUUCCUCUCUAUCCUCUAGGCGGCUUGGCAGAAGCCGUGUCUCUGAUUCAGGCCAUUCCGAUCUUCAGUGAAACAGGGAAGUUUAGUUUCACACUGCCGUAUCCGAUGAGCGUUACAAUCAAAUUUUCAUUCUUUCUUCAAAUCUACCUUAUAUUGUUAUUUUUAGGUUUGUUUAUAAACUUGCGUCACCUCUACAAGCAAAGGAGGCAGCAUCUUGGAUCAAAAAAGAGAAAGAUGAAGUAAAACAGGGACUACAAUGCUUUCCUAGACCUAACUUAUCUUAAUGACAGGAGCCUCUGAUUCUUACAAUUUUACCUAUUAUAAUAAUGGAAAGGAUUUUCUACAGCUAAAUGAUCAUGUUAGAUUUCAUAGUGACUCUUCAGAUAGCAUUCCCAUACAUUGUAUUGAGUUCCUCUUCAGUCAUAUACGCAUAGCACUUAAUGUUGAACAAUGGCAAUAUUUAAACGUGUUUCCUAUCAGUUACCAUAUUAUAAAAAGAAAUCCUAGUCGCAAAAAACUGAGCAGCUCUAACUGGGAAUAGAAGAGUUAUUUUUAAUUGGAUAUUUGCUCUCUUUCAGCUAUUGAAUACAGAUAAGGCUUGUGAUGCUGGGGUAUAAUAUUUCAUACCAUCCACUCCAUGCUAUGUGAAACUGACUAGGAGUGGCCCGAGGAGCUGAGAAAUGUAUUUAUUAAUGGUCAGUGCUAGGUCUCCUUUUUUUCAGCAGGCUUUUGCUGAUGCAUUUAAACCUGGGAGCAACUAGUGUCAGCAUUGGACACCACCAGCUUGUUCUUAACACAUGUAUGAUAGGAAGGCUUCAUCUCGCUCCCCCAUGGAAUAGAAAUACAUAGUGGUGUCCAGCAGCCCGGCUACAUACAUCCUAGCCAGUCAUUAGUGGGAGCUACCUACUCCUUCAAAUUUUCCUCACCAGCUGACAUAGCUGCUACUUCACACAGCCUUGUGGUCACCAGGCAGUGUAGGGGUGAGGUUCCAUUCCCUGCUAUUCUUCCCCCAGUAGCCCACAAAAAUUAGAAUUCCACCAGAAAAUGCAGAGGUAAAGCAGGCCUCCCUUGAGGUGAUCCCACAACCUUCCUACUACCAUAGGGAGGCCAGCCCCUUGUCUGAUCUUUGGGAAUGGUGGUGUAAGUGCUUGGUUCAAACCCUGUUGAGAAGGAAGGAAGGAAGCACCUGUUUUCCGAUUCCCUCCAUGCAGAAGACUGCAGCUAAGGAGUCUGCAUGCCAGGCUGGCCACUUGCUUUUGGGGUGCAGUGUUGGGAGUCUAAGAAGUUAGGGACCAUUUUGUUUUGUGUACCAGAUCUCAGCAAAUGGGAGGCAAGUGAUGUUUCAGGUUUAUGCCUUAGAUGAAUUGUAAAAGUAAUUUUAUUUGUUGAAAACAAAGAAAGCCCCAUUGCUUAAAAAUGAGCUGUUUUGAAUAAAGGGUGCCAUGACAAAGUGACUCCUACACCCCCAACCUGAUCUGCCAGGAUUUAGCCCCCUCUGACCCUUUGCAUUUUCCCUGAAAUUAACUAAAGUCUGAUUUAAAUUAAUUGUAACCUUGACUACAGAGCAGUUAGUUGCACUGUUGACCCAGCUGAGUCUAGUAGUCUUUCCCCCAGCACCCACUGUAACCCUUGUGCAAGUUAAUUCCAGAGCGAUCAAUGUAUUUCCAUUCCACUGUUUGUAUGGCUUUGUUUUAAAAAAGCAUAACACCAGAAAAAAAAUAAGGUUGCUAUAUUUUCAAUGUAAUAAUUGGAGAUAUACCAAUCUCCUAGAACUGGAAAGGACCUUGAAAGGUCAUUAAGUCCAGCCCCCUGCCUUCACUAGCAGGACCAAUUUUUGCCACAGAUCCCUAAGUGGCCUCCUCAAGGAUUGAACUCACAACCCUGGGUUUAGCAGGCCAAUGCUCAAACCACUGAGCUAUCCCUCCCCCUUUUCUCCAAUGAUUGUUAUUGUGAGGUUAACACUAGAACAUUUAGGUGGGGUUUUUGCAGAGACAUGGUCCAACCGCCACUGAAGGCAUUCUGCAAAAAGACACCAUCCUAAGGAACUUUCACCACUAUCGAAGGGCAGGGCUACUCUUAAAAUACUGCAUCAGCGCAGCUGCAGCACUUAAGUGAAGACAUACCUACCCCAACGGGUGAGUGUCUCCUGUUGGUGUAGUUAGUUAAUCCACCUCCCCAGGAGGUGGUAGCUGUGUUGACGGGAGAUGCUCUGUCUACACAUGGGGUUAGGUCAGUAUAACUGCGUGUCACUCAGGGGUGUGAUUUCACCCCUGAGUGACAUGAUUAUACCAGUAUAGGUCUGUAGCAUAGACCUGGCCUAAAUGUGUUAAAAGGAGCCUUUCUGUAUGAAAAGCUAAAAAAGGGCAUGGCCAGCUUCCUCAGGGUAGUUACACCAUAAUUUAUACACUGUGUCACUUCUCCAUACACAUCUAUUUGACAGUGAAUCAAGGGAUUGAAUAUCUUGGUGCCGACACUGAGAAUUUAACACAGCAUUCAUUCUUUUAAUUCCUUUAAAGGGCAUUUAAACAUUUAUGAAAUACAUGGUUGUGAGGGUACGGGGCAGGCACUGCAACCCGUAUUUGGUGUGAUUUGCCAUGGAUCUUCAACUACUGAGUUUGCUUGUCCUUUCGAAGGCAGCUGAAUGUGUAUUUCUAUUAAUAAAGAUUUACAAGCAAAGUC